CAAGUCGGAAGGAGCCUCAUCACCCCCUUUCCUCCCCACGUCCAAUCACUCUGCCUUCACGAUUCACUUUAUUUCUACUCGAGGUCCUCCCAUUAGCUCCUGUGAGAGGAGCAGCAGAUAUGGACAGAAAAAAAGUUGUAUGGAUCUUGAUGCUCCUGCGCCUGGUCAUCCUGGGUGUGGCAGAGACCAUAGACCCUUUGACAGAUUUGGAAAAUAUUGCUGGGAAGUUGGUUUUCUAUCAGAUGGAGGGAAAUGCCACCUAUGUGAGGGACAAAGGAGAACUGGCUUCAGAUGUUCCCACUGAGACCAUGUUUGAACUCUUCGAUCCCCAAAAUAAUUUCAGCAAGGCAAAGUUCACCUAUACAUGGGAUUUAGGGAACGGAGAGGUGAUUCAAGGGACUGAGCCGGUUGUUCGCUAUCAUUACUCAGAAUCAGGGAACUACACACUGCAGCUGAAAGUAGGAGUGAAUGUGACCAAAUAUGCACCUCUACUCACUGACGUCUACUCCAUGGACGUCCAAGUGCUCGAUGCCAUUAAAAACAUCGAGCUGAAGGGGCCUUCAGAUUAUGAGGUGUCUCAGAACACCAGUUUGGCUUUUCAUGUCGAUGGAAGUCCUCCCAUGUGGAUGUGCUGGCGUUUCCUUCCCAACUGUGUGCCGGACAUGAUGGGGGGCUGCACGCUGACCAUGAUGUAUGAAAACACCCUGCGACUGAACCACACCUUCACCUCUGCCGGUGUCCACUGCUUGGACAUCAGUGUCCGUAAUGACAUCAGCAAGAUGCAGAGUUCCUUCAGCCUCUACGUUAAGAGAAGCAAUAACACCCACAUGUUCUUCAUCCUGUCGUGUGCUGCCGUUCUCGUAACCACCUUCACCUUUAUCACAGUCAUCGCCUGCCGCCCUCGUCAUCACAAGAUUGUUGCUUCCACUAACGCUGUAUUCCUGAAGAACCAAGACUCUGAAAGCACAAUGCUUAACUUAUCCAAUGUGGUGAGAGGAGAGAAAGAGCCACUCCUCUUGCAGUAUGGGACUCAAAACUCCUCUUAACAGUCUGUUCCAGCAUACUGUGGCUACAUGUAGGCAGAAGAAAAUGCACAACUGUUAUAGAAGUAAUACCAAUCUAAUCUUGCAUACACCAUGUUAUCGAUGUCUAUAGCUAAAUCUGUGAUAAAGUUGCAUAAGCAGUGCCUGUAUGUAUUUUGGACCAUGGUCUAAGCUGUGUUAAUGGUUUAGUCUCUAAUGUUCAGUAAGCUAGUAAGUCAAAUGCCUUCUGUAUUUUCCAUAAACUAGGUAAUAAGGUCACUUAAUGGGUCACAGAGCUUAGGCUGACAUUCAAAUAAAUUCAUAAUAAAUUAAUAGAGCGUUCAGGUCAUGUUUAAAUAAUGAGUGCUAAUUUGAGCAUGCUGUGAAUGGAUCAGACUACUCAUUUAUUUAUGUUUUGUUUCAUAUUGAUGUAUAAAUAUGCACCUUGCUUUGCUCUGCUUUCCAGAAAAAGAAUAAAACAUGUCCUUUUUUAGAACCUGUUUUCUAGUGCUAAAUAUAUUAUAUACAGUAAGUACUACAUCCUAAUUGUCAUAGUAUGUACUGUUUUAGCAGUUAGUAUAUGAAAAUAUCAACAUAUUUUACCAUUUUAUACUAACAGAUAAUAAUACAAAUUAUACAAUAUGUGCAACGUCAGACGUCAAACUGCAACUUUGAAAAGCUACUGCCAAUAAAACUUUACAAAGAGAAAGCACAA